AUGGCGCCCUCAAAGCUCUUCCCCUGGUUCCCCCACGCCAGGUCUCCCAUCAUCAUCAACGCGCCCAUGAUGAUCACCGCUAACGCCGCCCUCGCCACCGAGGUCACAAAAGCCGGCGGCAUAGGUUUCAUCGGCGCAGGCUUCGACCUGUCCGCCGCCUCGGCCGAAACGGGCCAGCUCAAAGACCUCGCCAACGGCCUCACCGAAGCCCGCGUCCGCCUGAACCUGCCGCCGACCGCGCCACUGCCGCUGGGCGUCGGUUUCAUCACGGCCCACGAGACGGCGCCGCAGUUUGCCGCCCAUGCGCUGCCCAUCCUGACGCGCCACCGCGUAGCCGCUGCCUGGCUGUUCGCGCCUCACCCCGAGACGAAGCCGCACGCGGCCAUCAUCGCGGCGCUGCACGGGGCCGAGAUCCGCGUCUUUGUCCAGGUCGGCAACGUGUCUGCCGCGCGGGAGGCUGUGCAGGAUGGCGCCGACGUGCUGGUCGCCCAGGGUGUGGAUGCCGGCGGCCAUCAGUUUGAGCGCGGCUGCGGUGUCGUGGCGCUGCUGCCCGAGGUGCGCGCCCUGCUGGCGAAUGAGUUCCCCGACCGGCACGUCGCCGUCGUGGCGGCGGGCGGUAUCGUCGAAGCGAGCGGUGUUGCGGCUGCCGUGGCGCUGGGGGCUGAGGGCGUCGUCAUGGGGACGCGGUUCAUCGCGACGCCUGAGGCCGGAUUUGCUGACGAGUACAAGGCGCUCGUCGUCAAGACGACGGACGGGGGCGUCAGUACCUGGAAGACGCCCUUCCAUGACCGACUGGCGGCGAAUGGUCUGUGGAAGCCCGGCUUUGAUGGGCGUGCCAUCGUUGGUGAUAUCCAUCGGGAGCACAUGAAGGGUGGCGUGACGGUGGAAGAGAGCCGCGAGAGACUCAAGACUGGGUGGAGCGAGGAGGAGGCGAAAUUCAUGGUGGGCAAAUGGGCAGGCGCGGGCGUCGGGCUCGUCAAGGAUAUAAAGCCUGCGAGUGAGGUUGUCACCGAGGCAAGGGAAGGAGCAAGAAGAAUUAUUCAUGAACUGGCCGAGGGGCUGUGA